UGUGCCUCUGCUGCUCAACACCAUUUCUUGGCCGGACUUUGAUCACAUCAUGUUCUCCCAUAGCAAACUGCCAGUAUUGAUAGUCCUGCUGACUCUUCAUGGUCAAGGUCAAACAGGAAAAAUAAUCGGAGGCCGUGAGGCUGUGCCACACAGCCGGCCGUACAUGGCUUUCAUAGAGCACAUGAAAAACAAUGAAACGUUCUACUGUAAUGGAUGUCUUCUGAAUGAAAAUUUUGUGUUGACUGCUGCCCACUGCCAAGGAAGCAAUUAUAAGGUUUUCCUUGGAGUUCAUGAUACAAGCAUUUUGGAUAAUAAUAAAAAAGUACAGUACCUAACUGUGGAAAAAGCAAUUCCUCAUCCAAAUUAUACCCCACACGCGAACGAUUUAAUGCUCCUAAAGCUGACCCCCAAACCAGUGUUGAACAGGAAUGUGAAAACCAUUGCUCUGGCAAGCCAUGAUAAUGGGACUCUGCCGAAAUCAUGUAUUGUCUCCGGCUGGGGUCAAACAUAUCCCUUUGGACCGAUUUCUUCCAAACUCAUGGAAAUCAAUGUGACAUUGACUGACGAUAAGAAGUGUGCUGAACAUAAUUUAUAUUGUUCAAAGGGAAAUGUUAGACCAAGUACGGGUGAUUCUGGAGGUCCACUGGUAUGUGAAGAUGGAAGCACGUAUGGAGUGGUGUCCUUCCUAUACAAUGAUCCAAAUGACUCCCCGCUGACUGCAUAUACUAAGAUACCUCAUUAUUUGAGCUGGAUUAACAAAAUGAUGAAAAAGACUCUCAGCAAGAACUAAUGCUAAGACCGUUGCUAAUCCAGUCGUGUUUGAUUUUACUCUUUAAAAAAACUUCAUAGCUAACGUGGUAACGUUUGAGUUUGAGAUCUUUUUUUGACAUUGAAGUCAAAUUUCAGUGUUUUGAAUCUAUAUUCUAACAAAUGGGUCAUAACGCUUUCAUAAAAUGGCCUUAGCCCUAAGAUGAUUGUAGAUUCAAAGUGAGUUAAAUGAUGAUUCUACUACUAUUCAAUUAUGUGUUUUGCUCUCCUUUAAGUUUGUGCUGCUUAAUAUUUUAAAAACAAUAAACUUGUGU